UGUAUUGCCAUUAAAAAGAGCGCACGUGUAAAGUUGUAUUUCUUUGUGGUUUCGUUUGUUGAAUUAAAUUAAUGCUGAUUAACCAUAUACUAAGCAGCUACAGAAAGGCAGAUUGCCUUAAAACGCUGCUGAGAACAGAUUUUAAGCGUUUCUUUUUAAGUUCACGUCAAAAAUCAUUUGCUGCCGCAAUGAGCGAAGCUCUCGAUAAACUGGAACAGGAUAACUUGGCAAAGAAGAGUGCUAAAGACCUGGAGAAUCAGUCGGUAAAAGAAACAAACCAAGUGAAGCGCAAUUUAAAGCGAAAGAAAUGGGUGGACUGGAAGGCGAAAGACGAGGAGGAUGCAGCGAAUGGCACAAAACGAGCUCCAUUUGAUCCGGCGGAUCGCAUCAAGCGGAAGAAGAGCGCCAUCCUGCUGAGCUACUGUGGCGCCAAAUACUUUGGCAUGCAACGCAAUCCGGGCAUGCAGACCAUUGAGGAGGAACUGUUCAAGGCAAUGUUGAAGCACAAGUGGAUAACGGAGGAUUCUUUCGAGCAGGUGCAAAUCGCCUGCUUUCAACGUGCCGCUCGCACCGACAAAGGCGUCUCAGCGGCGCGACAGGUGUGCUCCGUAAAGCUGCCCGAGGAUUUGGAUCUGCAGGCAUUUAAUCAAGAUUUGCCGGAGGAGAUACGAUUGUUUGGCGUGGAGCGUGUUACGAAAGGCUUUAAUGCCAAGGAUCAGUGUAAUGCACGCACUUACACCUACACACUGCCCACCGUGGCAUUUGCCGCAUUUGAGGAACAGCAUGAACAGGAAACGUAUCGUAUUCCAGCUGAACUCUUGCUGAAAGUCACUGAUACAUUGAAGCUAUACGAGGGCACGAAAAACUUUCACAACUUUACCAGCAAAAAAAACUUUUUAGAUCCGUCCGCCAAGCGUUUCAUCAUGUCCUUCACAUGCAGCGAACCAUUCCAGAGUCCACAGGGUAUUGAGUUUGUUACGUUAAAAGUGAAGGGUCAGAGUUUUAUGCUACAUCAGAUACGUAAAAUGGUUGGGUUAACCAUUGCAAUAGUGCGAGGCAACACCACAACAACAUCCCUGGAGCGUGCUCUAACCGAGGAGCGUCUUGAUUUACCCAUGGCACCAGGCUUGGGACUAGUACUGGAUACUGUACACUAUGAGCGCUACAAUGAUCGCUAUGGCAAGGAUGGCAUACACGCACCAUUGACUUGGGAGGCACAGGAGCAGCAAGUGCGGGAAUUUAUAGAAAAAUACAUCUAUGCGAAUAUAUACAAAACCGAGGCCGAGGAGCGAAAUCUACUUGAUUGGCUGAGCACCUUGCAUUUCCACUCAUACGACACAAGACGGGAUGAGGCAUCGACUGAAGCUGACGGCAACCAGAAGAAGCCCAACGAUGAUGAUGAUGGCGAGGAAUAGCUAGCUAACUAGUUAACUAUGUUUAAGUUUUCCGUAUUCAAUUCAAGACCAGUUGUCAUAUUGUAUAAUUGAUACAGUGUAAAAUAAAAGCACAUUUGAGUGAUUAGAAA